CACCGAGGCAGCCAAUCGGGCAACCAUCGCAACUGUUCACCCAAGCAAGGACAACACCAUGCCGUGCCCUUGAAGUGUCUGCUAUAGCCGAUCAUCUGUACCGUGGCUUCGAGUGAGCGACUUGCAAAAAGCUGGUGAGGGCGUGGCCUGAAGACACGAGCACAGAAAACCACUCACCUGGGCCACCCAAGGGGUCACUCAAGCGAGGCAUCUGCUGCUGCUGUUGCUGCUGCAGCUACAGCUGCUGCCGCUAUUGCUGUUGUUGCUGCUGCUGCUGUUGCUGCUGCUGCUGUUGCUGCUGCUGCUGCUGCUGUUGUUGCUGCUGCUGGGAGCGCAAAGAUGACGCAGCGUUCGCGGACUCCGGCUGAAAUCCUCUCCAAGCCUUCCCUCGUGUUGAUGAGGACGUUUUCAAAGGAGCUGCGCUGCAUGUGGCAAGAAAUUGCUGAAGAUGCUGCGGGGCAGCACGAUUGUGAGACCGUCAAUGACGCGCAGAGCGACGCGGACGAAGCGGAAGGUGACGAGCGGGAGGCGGGCGGACCUCGCCGCAGCGUUGCGGCACGGCAGCACGUGCGCGCGCUGCCCAGCGUCAGCGUCCUCGAUCGCCUGAGCCUCACCUGCUCCGUCUGGCUCCUGCUCGGGGUGGACGAGGCGGCGGUCCUGCACACGCUGCAGGGCGAAAAGCCAGGGACGUUCAUCGUGCGACGCUCAAAGAAGACCCAGCAGAAAGUGAUCAGCGUGCGCUGGACAAAGGGGGAAGGCUGCCUCUUUGUGCGCGAUUACCCCAUUCUCGAGACACAGUCAGGAUUUUCCCUGGAUGGUUCCAAGCUCACCUUUCCAGAUUUGUGCAAACUCGUCGCCUUCUACACCACCAGCCGAGACAUCCUGGACUUCAAUCUCAUUCUGCCUCCAGUGAUCCAGGCAGCCUCCACGCAACAUCAGCUGGAGUCCAUCGCCAAGAUGGGGAUUGAGUUCUGGUGCUCAUCGCUGCACAAGGAUCAUCAGAGAUAUUCAAACAGCUCGGACGACAGCGUGUACGUGAAGCUGGAUCCAGCAGGGCAGCUCAUGAACGAGCGCGUGGGGGAAAAUGAAGACAGCGGGCUGUGCUUCGUCGACCCGCUGUUUAUUCAGGAACAACCCGCUUGCUUAGUGGAUGGCAAGGCGCAGCUUGGGCAGAUGCUCAGCCAACGAGGCAAAGCAAUGAUUUCGCUCUCGCUUCCUGGCAAGACUGCAUCCGCGGGCCAGAAGGAGGUCACAGUCGAUGGGCCGCAUCCCGAGGCGAGUGACUGGCUUCCAGCCGGCCCUAUCCCACGGCUGCGUUCAAAGCCCGUGAUCGACAAAUGGCGCGGCACGUUGAGGCGAACGUCUUCAGGCGUCAGCAGCAGCAGCAGCAGUGGCUCCAACGCGAUGAGCGCCAGCAGCAGCUCGCCGGGCGAUAACCGCCUGUCCACCUCGUCGUCCGAGCUGGAGUCGGACUUGGAUGUGGAGUCUGCCCACUCGACGUCCCAUUGGAACAGCCAGUCUGGCUUCAACAGCACACGAGGAAUGCGGCUCAGGGGGUUGUUGCCAGGCUUUCGCAAUGCCCUCGGCAUCAUCAGCAACACCCUGCAGAUGCCCGAGCGGCGUGUGACACGCCGCAUAAAGGAGCUGGCAUCCUCCCGCAAUGCCUACUUCGGGUGCCUGGUCCAGGACUACGUGACCCUGGUGAAGAACGGCUUCGCGGACCCCACGCAGGCCUGCGGCGACGGCAAGGAGCUGCUGAGAUCCGUGCGGCAGACCAUGACGCAGUUCAAGAUGUACCUGAUCCAGUGCAACGAGAUAGAGCCACCACUCGAGGCCAUGAUCUCCGAGCACCGGAUAGACGACGUAGUGGAGAAGGCUCUGUACAAGUGCAUCCUGAAGCCGCUGAAGGCCACGCUGGAGAAGACGCUGAUGGCUACGCACAACAAGGAGGGCCUUGUAAAGCGCCUCCAGAGCAACUGCUUCUGGGGACGCUCUCAGCUGCCCACAGAGCUGGGUGUCUCACCGAGCGUGAACAUUCCUGACCCGGCGACACAGGAGAGGAUCAGGGCGAAGCUGAGCGAUUUGGCAGCCUCCUACUCGCCCAAGGUCAAGGUGGACUCCCUGCUCAAGGUCUGCAAGAUGGUCUACGAUGCGAUGGGGUCUUCCGGUGAAGGGGGUGCCGACGACUUCUUCCCAGUCCUCACGUACAGCCUGCUGAACUGCGAUUGCCCCCAGCUGGCCAUACAAGUGGACUACAUUAUGGAGUUGCUCAACCCGGACCUCAUGAGCGGAGAAAGCGGAUACUACCUGACGAGCGUCUACGCAGCCCUGCUGAUGGUCGGCAGCCUGCAAGAAGAGCAGGCGACGCCAGAGCUCGCAGCCAACACACAGCAGUCGCUGCGAGAGUGGCGCAGAAGCCGGAUGACCAGCGCAGCACCACAGCACAGCAGGCGCAGCCAGAACUUUCCGUUAAUGGUGUCCUUUCGGAAAUGCGGCAGCAUGACAAAACCCUUCUCCACCCGGGAGACGGUCACGGCAAAAGAGGUGUGCCAGAAUUGCGCGACCCACUUCGAGGUCACUGCCGACGAAGCGGAGUGCUUUGGCCUCUACGCGGUCACAAUCUCCAGCUCGGGCCACAGUGAGUGGCACUUCCUCAAAGACAGCGAUUGUCCGCACAGCGUGUGGGCCAAGCUCACCGGCAACAAUUCCACCUCCAAUCAAUUGGUUUGCUACUUUGUCUACAAACCGCUGGACAACAUCGACAGGCAAUGCCGAGAUUCCGAAAACCUCUUCAUGCAAGAACCCGACACCAGCGCUGGCUUCACACCUCCAAACAGAGACAGUGCCGAUGGAAACACCUUAAGCCAAGAUGUCCCUGCAACUAAUCUCAUGACAUUAUCCGUGAAUGAGAGCACUUUUCAACGCGCCAACACACAGGAUCACCGCACCAAGCUUUAACGCGCAUUGCACAACCGAAAGUGCAAUUAAGAAAUGCAAUAAAAAUGUACUUGCUGCAUCAUUCUUGAUUUGAAGCUUUCGUGACUUCAGGAAUCCAUACUCUUUGGUUUUUUCGGUAAAGUUACGUAGGCAGAAAAUAAAUCACGUUUCGGGCGCAACACAAGCGUGCUGCAUCAUGGCAAAAAACCGAAAGCAGAUAUAUUUUUAGCCGUUUUUUCUGGUCAAGUAAUAUUAAAGUUGCAAACGUCCGCAAUAAAUCAUUUGCAUCCUCUAGUUGUCCCUUCAUUGAAUGUUUAAAAGUAUGUAGCUUGGAGUUACAGUACAAGUAUAAAGCUGUUAGAAAGACAGCUUAAAUAAAGUAGCUGCAUUUGUGCAGAUGUUAAUACGUUUUUUUUAUAUAUGUUAUGUCAUGCCAGUAUUCAAUGUACAUAUUUAUUACAGAUGUUAUAAGUUUGCGUCGAGUAUUAAUGUGUUUGUAUCGAGCAACAUUUGAAGUUCUAUUUUAGCUGUUAAAAAGUUGAAAAAAUGUAUUUAAGCAGUUGUACAUAUUAGCAUUUUUGCCCCUCCAGCUAUGAAUAAUCCUGAAAAUAAUAUAAGUACAUACUUUCAUUAUUUAUUGUUACGAGUGUAUAAUCAUGCUAAUAUCAUUAAGUUGUAUUAAGACAGUAGGAACUCACAAAACAAUCAGACAUCUAAACUUUUCAGGUUUUAUUUUUAAUAAAAUCUAUUGCAAAUUCAGCAGUUCGCUUACAUAAAUGAUGUAAUUUCUACUCAUGUAAUCUUCUUUCGUAUGGCUGCUGAUGUAGAUGCAGAGCAACAACCAGAUCACAACCGCGUCAGGGGCAGUAGCAGAGUGUAUCGCUGUGAUGUUUUCUUCGUAUUUGUGUAUCGGGCAUUGCGUUUUAUGUUGUAUGGUCUGUUCUGGAUGACCAGUCGCACACUGGAGAGAGUUUUUUUAUAUUGCAUUUGUGUAUCAGGUAUCCGCAUCUGCUAUGGUUUGUACGGAUGCGGUUUCGGAAUGUCAUAAUUACAUAAGAGCCAGACAUGGGAC